UCACUUUCAUUCGCAACGCGCACGCGCAACUGGCAGGGUCGCAAAAGACAGCACCUGACUUUAUAUACAUAAAUAAAUAUAUAAUACGUACAUAUAUAUUUGCAGAAAUUGAAUUUUGUGCCAUCCGCAGCUCGGGGAAUUACAAUUGUUUUAAUCGAAUAGAAAAGUGAUUAUAAGUGCGCUUUAAUUGGCCGGCCAUCAAUAUAAAUAAUUGAGUGUUUUCAUUUCAUUUCGCUGCAUCCCAACCCACGCAAAAAUCCAAAUAAAAAUCCCGCCGCGCAAUACUUAAUGGAUGCAGCUCCAUGUGGCCCCACCGCCACCAACGACAUCUGCUAACGGCGGCAGCCACGCUCUGCUGUCUGUUGGCCAUCAGCGUGCAGCCAACCCUCUCGGAUGAGCCACCCUCGACCAGUCCCACGCCCGCAAUCACAUCCACUUUCAGUCGCAGCCAGAACUCCACGGAGGAGGAGGCGACUCCAACUGAAGCCCCGACUGACGGCGGCGGCGUCAAGGAGCUUAAUAAGCAGGCAGCCGGCCAACUCAUCCGCGAGGUCAUCGAAGGUCCAAACUUGGCCAGCGAGAUGCAAGAGGAAUCGGAUUUGGAAAGGGAAAGGGAACCUGAAAGGGAGCGGAUACAGGAGGAGCUGGCUACAGAAAAAGAAGCGGAGUUUGUGGGAGUUCCAGGCUUUCUGCCCACAGUUCUGCCUCCCCGGGAUUCGGAUAGUCCCACCAACGGACAUGGCUACAUCCAAUUCGAUAUCAAUGAUGAGCUGCCAGUGGAGACGGUUCGUCGCCAAAGACCCAUUCAACAGACUAUAACUCGUUCGCGAACGGAGACUGUCAACGAGGUGCUCUCGAAUUUGUUCCCCAAGGGAUUCUCUGAUAUUUUCCGCUUCAGUGGAAAUACGGAGGCUGCCACCACAACGGCCACCACCACAAACAAGGCGGUGGUUCGACCCACAGUGGUGGAUAUAACCACAACCACCGAGGCAGCAACCACUGAAAAGCAAACUGAGCCACCAGCUCCGAAUGCCACCUACUACAGCUACCAAACCACCGUGACGAAGGAGUAUCGCCGGGAAUUGGCACCCGGUCACACGGAGAUCGUGGUGGAGCAGAUUAGGGAUCCCGGUUUCCGGGAUGGCAGCAAUCACAUUUCGAGGGAUGAACUCCUAAGGAUCAAUCGUGCUGCAGUGGCUGCUCCUGUGCUGCCCAGUUUGCUUCUCCAACCGGAGGGCGAUGAUAAUGAAACUCUGGUGGCCGCAGAAAGUUCUCCCAUUGUGAUCCUCGGUGACCAUGAAGUGGAGUUGGAAGAGGGUCAGGAGAUCGAUGACAAUCAGAUUGCUGAGACGCGACACUUGGGCAGAGAGGCCUACCAACAGCGAUUGCCUCCUCCUGCUUUCAAUGGCAUCGAAAGUUAUACCAAUCAGAAGGGUCCUGGUCAGGAUCAGGAGAUCAAUGUGCAUAUUGUGCAUGAUGAGUCGCUGGGGAAACCUCAGCAGGCGGAAUCUAAGGCACCCGAAGAGAAACCCCAGCCACAACAACCUCAACACGCCUUGGAUCACUUCCAAGUGCACAGUGAGCAGCGUUUCCAGCAACACAAUCCCAUUCAGGAGGCUCCUUCGAGGCAAUUCCUCAAGAGCUUCAAUCCCAUAGUUUCGGGCAGUGGAAAUGGUCCCCUUCCGAAGGGCAGUUUCCACUACGAAGUGCAGAAUCCUCCCCAGCUGCCGAAUCCCAGGCCGCCGAAGGAGGAAAGCUACCCAGGACCUUUUGUGCGACCUGCUGCCCAGUUGGCCUACCAACAGGAGAUCAGCCAGGUGAUUCCAAAGGUGCAGAAAGAACCGGAACAGCAGUCGGAAGUCUUGCACACCAAGGCAAUUUCUUCGCCAUCACCGAAGCAGUAUUCUGGAUAUGCAGGUCCCACUCCCAUUUCCGCCACUCCGAAUAGUUUGGUUUUCGUCACCCUGAACACUCCGAGUCCUCCUCAUUCCUCGCCAGCUCCUGCCAUUGCUCAUUCGUCACUUGAGCCAGGUGUUCAGGUCACCAUCAAUCAUCCUGCUCCCCAUAAUUAUGUGGCAGAGGCAGCCGCUGAACCUUCUCAACACAACGUUCAACACGCUCCUCCUCCCAAGAAAUCAAAUCCCUAUACCUUCGUUGAAAUACAAAAGUCGGUGAAUAUUCACAAUAAACUGAUUACGGAGAAGGACGGACGCUUGGUGGAACAGCAUGAGACCAUUUACCAUCAGCCCUAUUUGCAAAAUCAUUUGCCUCAACCUACUCCUGCUGAUCCUCCAAAGAACUACGCUUCUCUGGCCAAAAAUCCCAUUCACGUGGAGUAUGAUAGUUCACCCCAAGAAGUGGCCAUUUCACAUGCAGCUGUUCAUUUGGACUCGGAUCAUUCGGGACACUCCUCUGCACCAGCUUCUGUUCAGCAAACCGUUCACUUGGGUCCAGUUUAUGCACCUGCUCAUCAUGAGCAUGCAGUGCAACAUCAUGAAAAUCACCAGGAGCAUCAGGAUAUCCACCAGGAGCAUCAGGUACACAUCCCGGAAAGCCAGCAUGAUCAUCAGGUGAUACAUCAAGAGCACCUGCCAGAAAGUAAUCAUGAUCAUCAGGUGAUCCAUCAGGAGCAUCAGGUGGUUCAUGAACCCCAGACUCAUCACCUGGAGCACCAUGAUCACCCGCCUGUGCAGCCAUACCAUGUGGAAAAGGUCGUGGAUCACGAUCACCAUGUCAAGCAAGUGGUGGAGAAGCAUAUACCCGUUCCCUAUGCCGUUCCUCAACCUGUACCCGUUCCCGUUCACGUGGAGCACUACGUGGAUCGUCCCUAUCCCGUGGAGACAAUCGUCGAGCAUCCCGUUCCUUAUCCCGUGGAAAGAGUGGUGGAGAAGAUCGUGGAGAAGCACGUGCCCGUGGAGGUGGAACGCAUUGUGGAGAAGCCCGUGCAUGUGGAGAAGAUUGUGGAGAAGUUCGUGGACCGUCCAAUGGCCAUUCCAAUUCAUGUUCCCGUGGCCAUUCACAUGCCAAUGCCACCAGGUCAUUCCUCAUUGGGAUUUGCCCACCUGGGUCAUCCGAAUGCCCUUUCUCCCUGGUCGCAUUCAGUGGCUCAUAUUCCACCAAAGGUGUUGCAGAAUUAUUACACCAGGAUGCUAAAGAAGUUGCUGCCACAACUGACGGCCAAAUCGCCUGCAAUUCAAUCCCCCAAAGCGGUUAAGCAGAGCAAGCCAGUGGCGACUGCUAAACAACCCAUAAAACCUGUUAGAGGAGAAGCCCCCAAAGUGGCGACCUUUAGUUUGGCCGAUAUGAAAUUUGACCUUCGACCUCCGCCGCCACCACAAGGUUCACCUUGGUUGCAGGGAGCCAGAUAUAUCUACAACACCCUCCCCGUCGAUUUGGCCACUGCUGCUGCCUCGGCUCCUGCCCAAAUGAUUAAGUCCUACAUUGGCCCAGUUCCAGCCACAACAUCCGGAAAUUCUGGUAGUGGGGAUGCCCCCUUAACCAACGAGUUCGAUGAAUUCCAGCGAUGGCGCAACGGACACUCCUUGAAACGCAGUCCCGAUUUCGGACGCAACCUCCAGUUGGAGUACGGAUUUAAGCCCCCUUUGGUUCCGUCCAUGGAAAUCGAUGACAAGGGGAAUCCCCUCAAGCAGGCGGAACAAUCGGAGACCCGGUAA